AUGGCACCCUUGAUCCCCUCACCGGACACAGUCAUCCUGAUCACCGGCAUCAACGGCUAUAUCGGCAGCAACAUCGGCCUCCUCCUGCUCUCCCAGGGCUACAGCGUGCGCGGCACCUCACGUUCCGCCUCAGCAAAAGACCGUCUGCUAGCCGGGCCCUUCGCCCCAUACACCUCGACGUACCAACACACGCUCGUGCCCGACAUCACCGCCCCGUCCGCCUUCGACACAGCCGUCCACGGCGUCCACGCCAUAAUCCACACCGCCUCCCCCGUGGACUUCAGCCUCACGACCCUCGAAGCCUUCACUGGGCCCGCCAUCCAAGGCGUCCUCUUCAUCCUCCACUCCGCCCUCCAGCACGCCGGCCCCCAACUCCGCUCCUUCGUCCUCACGUCCUCCAUCGCCGCCGCCGUCGACCGCUGGACCCACCCCUUCGGCACCCCCUACGCCUACAGCGAAUCCGACUGGAACGUCAACUCCACCCUCGUGGCCUCCGACCCCACCACCUUCUCGCCGCCCAUCGCCUACGGCGCCUCCAAGACGCAAGCCGAGCGCGCCCUCUGGUCCUUCUCCUCUUCCUCCUCCGCCACUGCAUCCCCCCAUUUCGCUUGCAGCGCCAUCCUCCCCGGCGUGGUCAUGGGCCCGCCCGUGCUCCUCCCCGCUUCCCCACGGGGGCUGAACCUGACGCUCCAACCCAUCUGGGCGCUCUACAGCGGCGAAGCCACGGCCAUGCCGGCGCAGAUCGGCGGCGCCGCGUGGGUGGAUGUCCGCGACGUCAGCGCCCUGCAUGCGUGGUGCGCGACGCACCCGGACGAGAGUGGGGGCCAGAGGUAUCUGUGUGCGAGUGGGACGGCGCCGCCGCAGGCAAUCGCGGAUCUGUUGAGGGUGAGGUUUCCUGAGAGGGGGGUUUUGGUGGGGGAGCCGGGGAGGGGGUAUGUGGAGGGGUGGGGGUGGGUGCCGGAGACAAAGGGAGGGCAGAGUGCGGAUAGUGCCAAGGCGAGGGGGGUGUUGGGGAGUGGGUAUCGUUGGAAGGGGUUUGAAGAGAUGGUGUUGGAUACGGUGGGGGUUUUGGAAGGGAGGUGGCCUGGGAGGGCCGGGAGUUUCAGGAGGGAUGGGAGCGGCGGGGGCGAGGGCGGAGGAGAAGGGGAGGGCGGGAAUGCUUAG